UGGCCAAACAAAGCAGCCUCCGGAUACUUUUCUCACUGAUUUUCAAUUCAUUUCAUUUCAUUUUAUUUUUUUAAAAAAUUAUAAAUUUAAAUAAAUAAAGAAAUAAAUUGCAGAAUCAAAUCUGAUUAUAUUCAUCAAUCCUCAAAACCCACCCCUUGAAUUUUUCCAUUAUCUCUUCGAUCUCUGUCACAAAUUCAAUUGGAUUUGGAUCCGGAAGAAGGAAGAAAACCAGCCAAGAGUCAUUGCAUUUUGUUUUAUUAUAUAUAUUUGUUGAAUUUGAUUGAAUCGGUUGUGUAAAAACAACACGGAAUUGAAGGGCGGAGAUGGAAAGAUUGAUAAAUAAUUGUAAAUCAAAGAGAGUUUAAGAAAUCAAAGGAUGCCAGGAUUAGCGCAAAGAAAUGAGCAAUAUAGUAGUGCCUCAUUCGGGUUUUGGUCUAAGCAUCGCGAUGAUGUUAGCUACAACCAACUUCAGAAGUUCUGGAGUGAGCUUCCAUUACAAGCUCGACAGGAGCUUCUUAGAAUUGAUAAACAUACCCUUUUUGAGCAAGCUCGCAAGAAUAUGUACUGCUCCAGAUGUAAUGGGCUACUGCUAGAAGGGUUUUUACAGAUUGUCAUGUAUGGAAAAUCCUUGCAGCAGGAGGGAGUAGCUGGUGGCCUUCAUUAUAAUAGGCCAGGAGUCGCAAAAUACAAUAGUGAUGGUGGAUCGAGUAUAACAAACGGGUCAAAAGAUGAAAAUCAAAAUCCAUCUGUCCAUCCUUGGGGAGGUUUGACCACAAGUCGUGAUGGGUUGCUGACGCUUCUUGACUGCUAUUUGUGCUCAAAGUCGCUCAAGAGUCUCCAAAAUGUGUUUGACAGUGCACGUGCAAGAGAACGGGAGCGUGAAUUGCUUUAUCCUGAUGCUUGUGGUGGGGGAGGUAGGGGUUGGAUUAGCCAAGGAAUUGCUAGUUAUGGAAGAGGUCAUGGAACAAGAGAAACAUGUGCCUUGCACACUGCCAGGCUUUCUUGUGACACCUUGGUGGAUUUCUGGUCAGCUCUUGGAGAAGAAACUCGUCUAUCUCUUUUAAAAAUGAAGGAAGAGGAUUUCAUUGAGAGGCUCAUGUACAGGUUUGACAGCAAGAGAUUUUGCAGAGAUUGCAGGAGAAAUGUUAUCCGUGAGUUCAAGGAGAUGAAGGAACUAAAACGCAUGCGUAGAGAACCUCGAUGCACUAGUUGGUUUUGUGUCGCAGAUACAGCAUUUCUAUAUGAGGUAUCUGAUGACACCAUCCAGGCCGAUUGGAGUCAAACUUUUGCCGACACAAUUGGAACUUACCACCAUUUUGAAUGGGCAGUUGGAACUGGGGAAGGAAAAUCAGAUAUCUUGGAAUUUGAAAAUGUUGGCAUGAAUGGGAGUGUGCAAGUCAAUGGUUUGGAUCUUGAUGGCUUGACUAUAUGUUAUAUCACUCUGAGGGCCUGGAAAUUGGAUGGUCGCUGCUCUGAGAUUUCUGUAAAAGCCCAUGCUUUAAAGGGUCAUCAAUGUGUGCAUUGCAGGCUCGUAGUUGGAGAUGGUUAUGUUACAAUAACUAGGGGUGAAAGUAUUAGAAGUUUUUUUGAGCAUGCUGAAGAGGCAGAGGAAGAAGAGGAUGAUGAUUCCAUGGACAAGGAUGGAAAUGAGCUUGAUGGGGAAUGCUCACGUCCACAAAAGCAUGCGAAGAGUCCUGAACUUGCUCGAGAGUUUCUUCUUGAUGCGGCAACUGUUAUAUUUAAGGAACAGGUUGAAAAGGCUUUUAGGGAAGGAACAGCACGCCAGAAUGCACAUAGUAUCUUUGUUAGUCUUGCUGUUAAGCUGUUGGAAGAACGUGUUUAUGUUGCAUGCAAGGAAAUUAUUACUUUGGAAAAGCAGAUGAAGCUUCUUGAGGAAGAAGAGAGGGAAAAACGUGAAGAAGAAGAACGCAAGGAGAGGAAAAGAACAAAAGAACGGGAGAAAAAGCUUAGGAGAAAGGAGAGACUGAAAGGAAAAGAAAGAGAGAGAGAGAAAAAAUGUGCUGAGAGUAUAACCCCUGUUUCUUCUGAUAUUGCGAAGGAAGAUUCUUCACUAGCUGUUGAGGUUGAAGAAAAUAUUGCUAUUACUUGCAGAGGCUCUGUGAGUGACACAGGUGAUAUUAUAGUGUCUAGACCUGCUUCUCCAGAUGUUCAAGGAGACCGGUUUCUUGAUGGGAAUUCCAAUUCAAGUUUGCAGAAUCACUCUUUUGAUAGUCCUGAUGGAGAUGGUACAAAGGUAAAAGAUGGAAAUGGCUCUUUUAUAAUGGAACAAUUAAAAUUCUCUCGUCGGAGAUUGAAAUUUCACAAGGAUGGUCAGCUUGAUCCGUCCAUGAAAUGGUCCGAUCGUUGCCGGUUUGCUGUUGUUUCAGAAAGUGCUCCUGUUAAUAGAUCUGAGCCACGGCAUCAACGUGAAAACUUUGAGGCUUCUUCGAGGAACUUCGGUGGAUUAAAUAGGCAAUCAAGGAUAAGCAAUGCAAAGUCCAAUGGUCGGAAUGGUAGUGUUAAGUAUUCUGAGAAGUUUCGGUGUUCCAAUGGUUGGAGUGAUAGAUAUGACUUCUACUCCUGCAGCUGCGUCCAGCACAAUGAAUACAGAGCCAAGACUGAGCCACAUGUUUCUGAAACUAGAGUUAGUCGAGAGCCCAAGUCUGUGAGGAAGACAGAAUCUAAAUUGGCUAUGUCCAAGCAAGUCAAUAGUGGUAACAAGUAUAAUCAACAAGUUCACAGGCGUGAAGAUUGUGGAAAUCUGAAACAUAAAAUUGUUUCCAGAAACAAUCUUACUAGUCGAGAUUCACUUCACUCCAAGAAAGUUUGGGAGCCCAUUGAAUCACAUAAAAUUUACCCCCGGAGCAACUCUGACACAGUUAUUACUUUGAGGACAUCUACUUACAAAGAAGGAGAUGGGCCAAAUGAUAACUUUGCUAAUUCAUCCAGUAAGGCAUGUUCGAGUGAAGCUAGUGUAAAUUUGGGCGAAAUUGGCCAUGAGCAUAGCAAGGUUAACAGAUUAAGAAACACCAACCUUGCAACAAAUAAUGACUGUUAUGUGGAAACACAGGAUCAAUGUUCUUCACUGAAUGCUGGAUAUGAGGAAGUUGGAAUUUGUCCUAAUAGAAACCCUACCCUUAAUGCAAUUCCUCAUUCUAUGAUUUGUAGCACUUCUAAUUCUGAUAAGUGCUCUUCAUGCCUUAGUGAAGGAGAUAGCAAUACCUCCACUUCACAUCAUGGAAAUUUGGAAUCUUCAUCAACAUCAGAUUCUGAAGAUGCAUGUCAACAAUCAGAUAGGAGAGACACUUCAAUCUGCAUUAAAAGUGGCUUCUCUGAGUUUCAGGUGAAAGGAAUGGAUAAAAAGCAGGAAGUCAAUAGAGGGGUUACUCUGGAAAGCCAGUCAUUGUUUGGACAUCCACUAGAUGGUACAGAGAACAAAGAUCCAGGAAAUCUGCCAAAGAAACCUUCAGAAAAUUCUGAUAACGGAAAACCAACUGCCUUUAUGGGUUCUCAGCGUCAAGGCAUGUUUGCAUCAGUGAAAAACCAACAUACACAAUUUCCAGUGUACCAAGCUCCUUCAACCAUGAGUUUCUACCAUCAGAAUCCUGUUUCUUGGCCAGCAACUCCAUCGAAUGGUUUAGUGCCUUUCGCUCCUCCAAACCCGUAUCUUUAUACCGGCCCUCUUGGCUAUGGUCUAAACAGAAACUCACAUUUAUGCAUGCAAUAUGGCACUCUGCAGCAUUUAGCUGCCCCACCGUUUAACCCUGGUCAUGUUCCAGUUUAUCAGCCAGUUUUGGAGGCCAAUGGCUUGUACGCAGAGGAGCAAACCCAGAUUUCCAAGUCUGGUACAGAAAACAAAGCUUUCACUGAAUUGAAUGCGGAGAGGGUUGUUCCUGGCAGGCUGCAUGCAACAGAAGCAGCAGCAAAUGGAGAAGGUAAGCAAAAUGAUGUCUGUUCCAAAUCACACACGGAUGACACUAGCUUUUCCUUGUUCCAUUUUGGUGGGCCUGUGGCUCUGAAAGAUGAGAUUGUGGAAGAACUUUCCCAGUUUUCAGCAGAUUGUGUCGAAAAUGGUCAUGGUUGCAAUAAAAAGAAGUCUACUGUUGAACAGUACAAUUUGUUUGCAGCGAGUAAUGGGAUCAGGUUUUCCUUCUUCUGAUAUAGUGGUUCAGUCCCUAUCUUCGGAUAUUUGAGACUACUUUAUAACUGGGUAUACGAUAAUCUAAAAUCCGAGUUACCUUAUAGUUUCUUAGUAUAUUGUUUACCCAAUUUGAGUCAUUUUUUCAAUUCAAUGUAGAGAAAGAAGAAGAAAAAUGUUGGGAAGAGUGUCAUGUGAUGUUUGAGGGCUUUCAGUGAGAGAUUUUCCAUGGGUUAAUGAAGCUUUGGUAGCUUGAUAUUUUGUGAUAUUGGCAUUGUUUUGGUCAUUUCAUUUCAGUUUCUUGAAUGGUUUUGAUUAAGAUUGAUUAUUAUUAUUAUUAUUA